AUGCUGUCCAAAUCUCUUGUGUGCAAACAUUGUUUGGCCGCUUACGGAGACAAAGCACGAAACAACGACCCACCCGCGCCCAAGAUUGUGGUCGGAAGAGCAACUUCAUACACAAAUCAUCUCAAGCGCUGCAAAUUCUACCAAGAUGCCGUAAAACGCGGUGUAGUGGCGCCGCCACAGGUUCCCCAGAAACUUUUACGCGUCUUCUUACAGAAAAACGCAGCACAACCUAGCACUGUGGUCGAAGAGGCUUUGUCUACAAGUUCUAACAAGCGCCAGCGGCUUAUUCGUGAGCACUUUGACAAUGUCUUUAGUGAAGACGAGCUCGAAGAGUUUGAGCGUCUGCUCAUCCAAUUUCAAGCCGAUAACUGCUUGCCAGAUCGCUUUGUAGAAAAGCUGUCAACGUUGCGUCUCUUCAUCUUUCUGAACAAGGCCUGCGCCCGUGGUAUUCCGAAAAGUAAACAAAUGACUCGUAUUUUGGACAAGCACAGCAACGUAGAAGAAGAGGGCCAGCUCCUGGCACUGAGCAGCAGACUCGAGUUCAGCGGAGGGCCGCAAGUUUGGGUAAUUUUGAAUUCGGCCUGA